AUGGCUGCAACUUCAACAGCAUCACAUCUUCUCUUUUCAAGUUCCCAGUCCAUUAUCUCUCGUUUCUCCCCCUUCCAGCUAUGCGGUUUGGAUGCCAAGACCCUCAAUGGUGGCGCAAGGAAGAGGACGAGAGUGGCAAGUGGUGGAGGAGUCCGGUGCAUGGCGGUGACCACGGAGGCGGAGACGAAGAAGAAAAGUGGUUAUCAGAUUGAGACAUUGACUAACUGGCUGUUGAUGCAAGAACAGGCUGGUACUAUUGAUGCUGAACUCACUAUAGUACUCUCGAGUAUUUCAAUGGCGUGUAAGCAGAUUGCUUCUCUAGUUCAAAGGGCUAGCAUUUCUAACCUCACAGGGAUUCAGGGUGCUGUUAAUGUUCAAGGAGAGGAUCAGAAAAAGCUUGAUGUCAUCUCUAACGAGGUGUUCUCUAAUUGCUUGAGGUCAAGUGGAAGGACAGGAAUCAUAGCAUCUGAGGAAGAAGAUGUGCCGGUGGCUGUGGAGGAGAGUUAUUCAGGAAACUACAUUGUCGUUUUUGACCCUCUUGAUGGAUCAUCCAACAUUGAUGCUGCUGUAUCCACUGGCUCUAUUUUCGGAAUUUACAGCCCAAAUGAUGAGUGCCUAGCAGACGUUGACGGUGUUGCCACGCUUGGCAAUGUGGAACAGAGGUGUGUUGUGAAUGUGUGUCAACCUGGAGAUAAUCUUCUUGCAGCAGGCUAUUGCAUGUACUCUAGCUCUGUGAUUUUCGUGAUCACCUUAGGAAAAGGUGUAUUUGCAUUCACAUUGGACCCCAUGUUUGGGGAAUUUGUGCUUACUCAAGAAAAAAUUCAGAUACCAAAGGCUGGAAAGAUUUAUUCUUUUAAUGAAGGCAAUUACCAGUUGUGGGAUGAUAAAUUGAAGUACAUUGAUGAUCUUAAGGAUCCAGGCCCGAGUGGUAAACCUUACUCUGCUCGAUACAUUGGUAGUUUGGUUGGCGAUUUUCAUAGGACUUUGUUAGAUGGUGGGAUUUAUGGGUAUCCUAGUGACAAAAAGAGCAAAAAUGGGAAGCUGAGGCUCUUGUACGAAUGUGCACCAAUGAGCUUCAUCGUUGAACAAGCUGGUGGUAAAGGAUCGGAUGGGCAUAACAGAGUCCUUGAUAUUCAACCAACUGAGAUACAUCAGCGAGUGCCCUUUUACAUUGGAAGUACUGAAGAGGUGGAGAAAUUGGAGAAAUAUUUGGCUUAA